UUCGUUAUUGCGACCAAUUGCGACAUGACGACGUCGUAGACGCAGGUGCUCGGUGUCCGUUCGAGCAACACCAUUUUCGCGGGCAUUGCAUCAUUCGUUACUGUACCUACUAAAGGCAAAGACGUAAUCCACAAUUGACGUGAUGUGGCCGUGCCUCCACAUACUUUAUUAGAGGGAGGCAGGAGCUAUUAACUAGGAAGAAGAAGAAGAAGAAGAAUGAAGGAAAAAGCUGGAAGAAACCAAAACAAUACAUUAGCAUAAUAUAAGUUGAUGUUAAACAAAGAUACCUAUCAUAUAGAUCGCGGACUAAGCGCACGGUGUAAACAUAGCCUAUACGUACAUAAAACUAUUGCAUAAGAUUAUUUUUUUAAAAUAUAAUUUGUAUUUUAUAAAAAGGGGGAGAUGGUGGAGCGAUGCUCUGUACGUUUUAGGAGGAACGACGUUCACGAAGGAACGCUGGAAUAAAGUACUCCUCAAGUUUUUGCAUCUUUGCAGUAUAUACAAUGGUUAUCUGUAAAUAUUAUCGACAAGGCAAUUGCCGUUAUGGUCAAUAUUGCCAAUUCGAACAUAUAAAUCAUUUUGCAGGCAAUACUAAAACCGAGGACGAUAUUGUAAUUCUGGUGGCUAAGGAAGUACUUUUUGCCGAGAGAGGUGGCCAGUGGUUGCUAUCAUGUUUCGCUCCACUUAAAGAACGUCCCUGUAUCCCAGGUAUGGAGGAUUUAUCUCCAGAGGAAGUUCGGUGGGAGACAUAUAAUGCACAAAAAAAUGGCAUGGGUGAACAGGCGAAACUACACUUUCAACAAUUAUGUCAAGAAAUGAAGGCAAAAAGGGAAGUGCUGAAAAAUCCCACGCGAGAAACAAUGACAAUGCUGAAAAAAAUUUUAGGAAGUGGCCAAAAAGUUUCUCAGCUGGGUCUAGUUAAUAACACAUCAGCUAAUAAUGUGUUCGGAAAUACAACGUACAAUGUGCAAAAUAAUAAUCCAUUUGGCGGAGGUGGAUUUACCUCCUCGAACAAUACAUCGUCGAUAUUCGGAAAGUCCAAUAAUAAUACAGCAUCUGUAUUUAACAAUACGGCGACCUUUGGAAAUAAUCUCGGCGGUUUUGGUACUACAACAAGCGGUGCUAGCUCGCUUUUUGGAACAACGAGCACGUCGACAUUCAGCAGCGUACAGAACAGCGCACCAACAUUUGGGACGCCACAAACGAAUUCGAUUUUCGCACCGUCUCAAAAUUUAUUCGACCCAAACAACGUAUUUGGAGGGACGGGCCAGCUUGGCAACGCACCCACCACCUCAUUGUUCAACAAUCCGAUGACUUCACAGGCAAACACUUCGCUGUUUGGCGGACCGACAACCACCACCUCCAAUUUGUUCGGCAGCUCGUCCACCGGAUUACAAACAAACCCGGUCUUCGGCGUCUCGACUACAUCAUCCGGCUCCUUCAAUAGCGGGAUGUUCACUCAGCCAAAAACGCAGAUGCAUGCAUUCGGCGGAGCACCUGUUUUUGCGGGAGUAACCAAUUAUGCCAACAAUUCUACUGGCAGUUCGAUAUUUAGCAGUGGUCAAACGUUUGGCGCUCCCACAAGCAGCAUCUUCGCCGGAUCCACAGUCACUGCGACCCCAGCUUUUGGUGCGGCCGUCGCUAUGACCACGCCAGCUUUUGGUACGCCUAUUGUUGCCGCUACGAUACCAGGUUUUGGUGCAUCCAUCGCUACUACGGCGCCAGCCUUUGAUCUGAGCCAACAGCCUAGCAAUAAUACCUUUGGAACGACUGUAUCCGCUGCAAAUGUUUUUGGUGCACAGAACACCGAUACCAUGUCUGCAAACAAUACUCCGUUCGGCGCGCCGUCUGCUACGAUCAGCGGCCCGUUCGUCACCACUAGUUCGCAGCAAUUUGAUUCUACAAACACGAGUUCAGCGCCGUUUGCAGGCACAGGAUUUGGUGUGGCCGUCGCGAGUACAAAUAACACAUUCGGCACCACAGAAACCUCUUCUAAUUCGAUAUUUGCGAACGCGGGAACUACCUUCGCAACCUCCAAUGGAACCGUCCCAAACCCAUCACCGUUCUCCGCAUCGACAUUCGGCGGUAUCAAUACUUCUUCUCCGUUUGGUUCACCCGCUAAUACAACUGUUACAACAACGACACUCGCAAAUCCAUUUACUCCACGGCCACAACAAGGCGUUUCACCGUUCGGAAACAUGGCACAAAAUCAAUCUAACAUCAAUGCUUCUCCUUUUGGAAAAUUACCGUUUAACACUACUACAACCAAUAUCAUCGACGAUACCGUUUAUAGCGCGGAUGGUGCAUUAACAGAUGAUGAGAAGAACAUGUUUUUGGCUGAAAGAUUUAUUAUCGGCAAAAUACCACUCAAACCUCCUACUAAAGAUAUAAGAUGACUUGAUAAUACUAUCUAUGGACUUAUAAUGAUUAUUAAGUAUAUGCUGUAAUAAAAAUACUACUUCUGCUAUUUGUAAAUAUCCAAACCUUUGAUAUGCCUAAAUAGGUUUUUAAUAGAAAUUAUAU